AAAGAUGGCAACGUGCUGCUGCAGGAGAUGCAAAUACAACACCCCACAGCCUCCUUGAUAGCAAAAGUGGCAACAGCACAAGAUGACAUCACUGGAGAUGGCACCACCUCCAAUGUCCUGAUCAUUGGAGAGCUCCUGAAGCAGGCAGACCUCUACAUUUCUGAGGGCUUGCACCCUAGAAUAGUAGCAGAAGGAUUUGAGAUUGCAAAGGAUAAAGCACUUGAAGUUUUGGAGCAGGUCAAAGUAACCAAGGAGAUGGACAGGGAGACCCUCAUAGAUGUUGCUAGGACAUCUCUCCGUACUAAAGUGCAUGCAGAGCUUGCUGACAUCCUAACAGAGGCUGUAGUAGAUUCCAUUCUGACAGUCAGAAAACCAGAUGAGCCUAUUGACCUCUACAUGGUGGAAAUCAUGGAGAUGAAGCACAAAUCUGAAACUGACACAACGCUGAUCCGGGGGCUGGUUCUGGACCACGGCGCUCGCCAUCCUGACAUGAAGAAGAGAGUGGAAGAUGCUUAUGUUCUUACCUGCAAUGUGUCUCUGGAGUAUGAGAAAACAGAGGUGAGCUCUGGAUUCUUCUACAAAAGUGCUGAAGAGAGGGAGAAGUUGGUGAAAGCAGAAAGAAAGUUCAUUGAAGACAGAGUGAAUAAAAUCAUAGACUUGAAAAGAAGAGUCUGUGGCGAUUCAGACAAAGGAUUUGUUUUGAUCAACCAGAAGGGAAUUGAUCCAUUUUCUUUGGAUGCACUUGCAAAAGAAGGAAUAGUUGCUUUGCGGAGAGCUAAAAGGAGAAACAUGGAAAGGCUGACCCUGGCGUGUGGUGGCACUGCCAUGAACUCUGUGGAGGAUCUUACUCCGGACUGCCUGGGACAUGCAGGGCUUGUCUAUGAGUACACACUGGGUGAAGAGAAGUACACCUUCAUCGAGAAGUGCGAGAACCCACGCUCCGUCACCCUGCUGAUCCGUGGCCCCAACAAGCACACACUCACACAGAUCAAGGAUGCAGUGAGGGAUGGGCUCCGUGCUGUGAAAAAUGCCAUUGAGGAUGGGUGUGUGGUUCCAGGAGCAGGAGCGCUGGAGGUGGCAGUAGCUAAUGCUCUUGUUAAGCAUAAACCCAAUGUGAAAGGAAGAGCCCAGCUGGGAGUUCAGGCUUUUGCUGAUGCUCUGCUCAUCAUUCCUAAGGUUCUCGCUCAGAACUCCGGUUACGAUCCCCAGGAGACACUAGUGAAGGUUCAGGCAGAGCAUGUGGAAUCAGGGCAGCUCACCGGGGUCGACCUGAACACUGGUAAGGACUUCUGAGCAACAGGNNNNGGAAUCUGGGAUAAUUACAAUGUCAAAAAGCAGCUGCUUCAUUCAUGCACGGUGAUUGCCAGCAACAUUCUCUUGGUGGAUGAAAUCAUGCGUGCUGGAAUGUCCUCUCUCAAAGGCUGA